AUGAUUCUAUCCAGAGCCCCCCUUUACAUAUCCCUCUAUGCUUGUUCGAUCGCAGUGACGAAUGCCUUCCUUCCCAAUUCUGCAUCAUCGAUUGGAAGAAUCACCACCAUCACUUCCGGAGAACACAACAAAGAAGUUUCUUCCAGUACUAGUUUAUCAGCAAAUUUCUUGCAGGAUUUCUUGAAAGGGUCUCCAUCGCUACCAUUGACGGGUCGCAAUUGUCAAGCUAGAGAUUUAAUGCAAGAUUUGAUCCAAAACAAAAAGUGUUUUGCUAGCGAAGUGGGUGCCUUGGCCUUUGGAGAAGCCUGCGCCGAUGACGUUGUCUACAAUGACUGUUACGAACCAAGUCCCUUUGUUGGAAAAGCGGCAGUUGUUGGUCACAUGGUUGCCAAGGUGAAUCAGCGCAAACAACAAGGGGACGUUCGCAUUGACAAGAUCAGUGAUGGAAAUAUUGCUUGCGGCUAUGCUUGGACUUGGGUCGCCGGAGAACAAGAGGGUCUUCGAGGCACAACCUUUGUCGAGUUGAAUAGUGAAGGAAAGAUCCAAUUCGUCCAAGAGAUUCCCGAGCCAAUCUACAAACCUGGAGAUUUGACACUAGAACUCCUAAAGGCAGUCACCAAGGGUGCCGAGGAAAAACCAAAGCCAAAAUAUACUAAAAGGUCACCAACUGCUGCCAAUGAAGUGGCAAAGUACUUGUAUUUGGAAGUCCAAGGAGGAGAAGUCGAAGAAAGUUUGAGAUUGUUUUCGGAUACCAUCAUCUACCGUGAUUUCAAUUAUGAUGAAGUACUCAAGGGAACAGUAGAAGUGAAAGGAUUCAUCGAAGACUUUUCCUUUCCUGGUAUUGAAUUCAAGGCGCAAAAGUUUUGUGAUGGAGUCAAUAGUACUUGCUUUACCUGGGAAGUUCGCUUGAAUGGCCAAACGGAUGCCAUUAAAGGAAUUUCAUUUUAUGAAUUGGAUCCAGAAACGAGAAAAGUGUGCUACAUCCGUGACGUUCCAGAGUCGGCCAUCAAGCCUCCGCCAUUGGGUCGAUUGGCACGUACUUUGAAACCAGGAUUGGGUGUCUUGACAGGGGUUCCAGCUGGUUCCCGACCUGGAGGAAUGUGA